AUGAGCAACAUCUCCCAAUCAAGCCUCUACUCCUCUACCAACAGCAGUACCUCGACUCUCCGGCCUCGCACUGGUCGCCUCAUAUCAUACAUUGACGAUGAGAAUACCGAGUCGACCGCCGUCACUACUUCGACCUCCUCUACUCCCCCACGUUUCCCGAGUCGAGGCGUGUCUCCGAAUGAAUCUGCGCUGAACAGGUCGAAGUCCACGGACAAAUCCAGAGUUGGCCGAACCAACAAACCCCAGACGAGGUCCUCGUCGAGUUCACAGGCGCCUGCUGCAGAUAAACAAAGUAUAUGGGAACCAUGGGGCUCCCUUCAGGGGUUCGCAUCCACAUUUCUCGGGAACACAACCUCCAGUCCUCCCAAGGACAAGAACGUGGGCACGUUCAAGACCCCCUUGUGGAUGAAACAGGACAAGAACUACACUUCGAAGAUGUCCACUCCCCAAUGGGGCCCGUCUAUGAACACGUCCGCGAGUGCCGCCCGGGACGCUAUCGAAGAGCGGAAAGCCAUGGUCCAGGCAAAGAAAAGAGAAGCCCUUCUCAUGGCGGGUGCUACAGAAAACCGUGACAGUCUGGGCAGGUUUAAGAGGCGUGAUUCGGACGCAGACACGGCUAUAGGCGGACAGACGGACACGAGUGAUGACGCUUUGGUUUAUAUGCACAAAGUCGAGGAAGGGGACACGCUCGCCGGUGUCAUCAUCAAGUACAACUGCCCUCCUGACCUGUUCCGAAAAGUCAACAGGUUCUGGCCCAACGACAAUAUACAGACGAGAACACGUGUCCUGGUCCCUUUAGAAGGUUCUACGGUCAAGGGACGCAAAGUCGACAGCCCGUAUCUUUCGAGAGAUCUUUUCGACUCGAGUCUCGAACACCUCUCUAUGCAAGAUCAACCGAAACCAAACGGUGCUUCAUCCCCCAACGGCGUCCAUAGCCCUUCUCGCCCGAGCUCGAGUAUGGCGUCUUCUACUCUCACUUCUGAGCCCUUGUCCAUCAUCACCUCCAUGUCCGACGCCACCGAACUCAAGCACGACUCCUGGGUAAUGCUACCCAACUUCAAAGAAGCCGUUGAGGUCUUGCGCGUGCCUCGCCGCGCACUGGGCUACUUCCCUCGACCUCGGCAGAAAUCAAAUGCUACCCUCACUACCUCAUCGACAGCCUCCACGCCGAAGACGUCCUUCGACAUGCUUCGACAUCCGCCCACGCACGCUGCGCAACAAUCCAUAUCUUUGAACGCGUCGCCCGUCCGACGGCCCGUGUUUCCAGCCUCUCGCCUUGGCUCGUCGGGCCGACAGCGCUCCUCUAGCACUUCAGGAAACGGGAAUGUCUUCGCUGAGGUGCUUCGUGGACCUGGCGGCGUAGGUGAUCUGCGUGGUUUGAGAACGCAGAUGUCUCGCCCUGGACCAGCUGACGACCCCCUUAACCGCAAGUUCAAUCAGUACUUUCCGGACUUUCUGCCUCCGCCCGAAAACAUACCUCGUUCAGGCCUCAGUCGAACACCGACCUCGAGAGCUACACCAAGGGCGAGCAUGGAUUCCGUGCGGAGUGUGCGUUCGAACUCGAGCAGUUCAGGACUGGCGGGAGAAGUGAGCGGUGCCAUUCAAGGAUGGGUGAGGACGAUGGCCGGCGCCCCUGGGAAGCGGGAUAGGAGUGCUGCCGUGGACAAGCUGGGCGACCUCAUCGAAUUGGAAACAAAUUCAGAGACCGUCCCUACGGAUCGUAGCAGGGAUCCUAGUAGCGGCCGGGAUACGGGCAGGGACAAGGAUAUCACGCCUACAGCGGCCACGGCGAGGACGUCGGAUUUUGCAACCGAAGAAGCGCUGCUGAAUGAGCGCUUCCCCAUCAGAGGGAGGGUGAGGAAUGCAUAUGCAAGUUCGGCGUCGGGGAAGGACAAACAGUCUUGA